UCAGCCCCCCGUCGUGGGCUCCAUCUCGCCGUCUCUCCCCCGUACAAAAAUACUCGCCCGGUCUCAGACAUCCAGCGAGCCAUUCGCCAGCACGUCCGCACAACUGCCGCACCCGCCGAUCGGUAGCCACCACCUCCGCCAGCCAGCUUCGACCGAUGGACGGCGACACGACGUUCACGAAGCUGUUCGUGGGCGGCCUGGCGUGGCAGACGCAGCGCGACGCCAUGCGGCGCUACUUCGAGCAGUUCGGCGACAUCGCGGAGGCCGUCGUCAUCGCCGACAAGCACACCGGCCGCUCCAGGGGCUACGGAUUCGUGACGUUCAGGGACCCCGAGGCCGCGGCGCGGGCGCUGCAGGACCCGACGCCGGUGAUCGACGGGAGAAGGGCCAACUGCAACCUGGCGGCGCUCGGCGCUUCGCAGCGCGCGCAUCCGGCCGCCGCGGCGCUGUUUGGGAUGGUCAGGUCGACGCCGCCGGCGACAUCGUCUUCGUCGUACCAGAGCUCUGCCGCCGCCGCGAUUGCAGCCUCCUACUUCCCCCAGCAGGCUCACUACGCCUAUCCUUACUACUACGGGUAUACGGGAGGGUAUUCUCACGAAAACAUGUAUCAAAUGCAAAUGAGCUACUAUGGCGCGCAAGGUGGAACGAGCGUGCAGCAGCAACAGCAGCAGCAGUCGCAAGUGCAAACAUACUACACAGCAGCUGGGCCGGAAGGAGCUCAGCAAGGGUUCUCACCGUACUAUCUCCAGCAGAUGCAAGCAGGCAGCAACCAAGGUCAGAGUUCUUCCGCGGCAGUCAUGCAGUACUCACAGAUGAUGCAGUACGCGGCACACAUGCAGCAAGCGGCGCACGCCGCCGGGCUCCACAGCGCCGACGCUCCAGAGAGCGCCAGCGACUCAGCUACGGGGACGGGUGGAGCUGCAGCGGCCGUCGGAUCCGACACGUCGUCUGACACUGAUAGGAGAGCUGCGGCUUGAUGUAGCCUUGCACCCCGAGCCGUUGUCCAUGACUAACAAAAGUGAAGAAAAGAAUUGUAUCCGUUAACACAUUCUUAAAAUUUUAUGCCCAG